AUGCUGCACAGACUCACAUUACCUGGGCGUGUGACGACGACUACGGCCGAGUGCUUUGCCUUGGGCACCGACGCCUCGCCCUACUCGCUCACGCCACACACCGUUGUCUCGCCGGUCUCCGAGGCCGAGGUCCAAGCCACGCUUGCAGCAGCAGCUGUGCACAGAGUCCCGGUCACGUUCCGGGCGGCAGGGACAUCGCUCUCGGGCCAGGCGUCCACCGAUGCAGCGCUAAUCAAGAUAUCCCACGCAGAGCCGGCCUGGAAGGAGCUGGUCAUUGCCCCUGAUGGUGGCUCUGUCCGGCUCGGUCCGGCUGUCAUUGGCGGUGCAGCCAACGCUGCUCUCGCUCCUCUCGGUCGGAAGAUUGGCCCGGACCCAUCAUCCAUCGACUCGGCCAUGAUCGGUGGCAUUGUAGCCAACAACUCGUCCGGCAUGUGCUGCGGCGUGGCAAGCAACGCUUACCACACCAUCCGGUCCGCUCGCAUCAUCCUCGCCGACGGCACGCUUCUCGACACUGGGUCGGACGCCUCGCGCGCUGCUUUCCUCACUUCGCAUGCCAAGCUUGCGCAGGGCCUCGUCGACUUGGCUCGCGAGGUCCAGGCCGACACCGCCCUCGCCGCACGCAUCGCCUCCAAGUUUUCCAUCAAGUGCACGACCGGGUACUCGCUCAAUGCACUUGUGGAUGCCGACCCCAACGACCCCGUUGACAUUGUGCUCAAGCUUAUGGUCGGUUCAGAGGGUACGCUUGGCUUUAUCUCAUCAGUCGAGCUUGCUACUGUCGUCGAGCACCCCCAUUCGGCCACCGCCUUUGUCACCUUUGACGCCACCGCCGCCGCCGCCGAGGCGACCCAGGCGCUGCGUGCGCUUGGCGACCGCGCUCCAGACGCGGUUGAACUCAUGGACGCGGUCUCACUCGCCUCGGCGGCGCACUCGUCGGACAUUGCCUCUGUUGCGACCCUGCCUAACCUUGAUCUCAAUCCGCGCGCUGCCGCGCUGCUCCUAGAGGUCAAGGCACCCACUGCAGGGGAUCUUGAAGCUGCCUGUGCUGCACUCGCUGCCGAGCCUCUCUUUGAACCGGCGCUGGGUGACAAGCUCGGCUUUGCCCAAUCGGCUGCCGAAGCCAAGAUCAUGUGGGACGCCCGCAAAGGCAUCAUCCCCAUCGUAGGAGCGCGCCGGCCGCCCGGUACCUCGACCAUCAUCGAAGACGUGGCAGUCCCAGUCUCUGCUCUUGCUCCGCUCACCGACGACCUCUCGGCACUCUUUGCGUCGCUGGGCUACCCAGACGCGUGUAUCGUGGGCCAUGCGCUUGAGGGCAACUUGCACCUCAUCUUCAAUCAGGGCUUUGCCACCCCGGCUGACGUCGACGCUUUCCGCACCCUCCUCGACCGCAUGGCUGAGCUUGUCGCUGUCAAGUACGACGGCUCGCUCAAGGCCGAGCACGGGACUGGACGAAACAUGGCACCAUACGUCGAGAUGGAGUGGGGUCCGCGUGCCACUUCCCUCAUGUGGCGAAUCAAGGAGCUGUUUGAUCCGGCCGGCCUGCUCAAUCCGGGCGUAAUCCUCAGCCACGACGCCGAAAUUCACGUCAAGCACCUCAAGGCCACCCCGAGCGUUGACCCGGUCGUUGAUGCGUGCAUUGAGUGCGGGUUCUGCGAGUCGAACUGCCCGUCCCGCAACACCGCCCUCACACCGCGCCAGCGCAUUGCCCUCGCUCGCAAGCUCUCCACCCUCGAAGACGGCUCGGCCGCCCACGCUGAGGCCUCCGCGCUCCUUGACUCGGCCGCCAUCGACCUCUGCGCCGCGGACGGCAUGUGCCAGGCCAAGUGCCCGGUGAGCAUCAACACUGGCGAGUAUAUGGUCGCCCUCCGCGCUGCCCGUCUUGCUUCGGGCUCGCCAUGGGCGUCCAAGCUUGCGCUGAUUGUGGCGGACAACUUUGGUGUCGCCACCGCAGCCGGGCGUGGCAUGCUUGCCGUAGCCCACGCCGCCGCAUCACUUGUGGGCUCGGCAUCGCUCACCACUGUUUCUGCGGGCCUCAACACCAUCAGUGGAAGCUUGAUCCCAAUCUGGCACGAAGCACUUCCGUCGCCGCCGCUGCCGGUAUCGUGGCGCGGGGCACAAUCGCAGCCGGCUGGUGCUGCCUCGCGCCGCCGGGUGGCGUACUUUCCUACUUGUGUCUCGCGAGUUCUCGGGCCGUCGCAGCGCGGCGAGCUCUGCGUUGUCGAUGCCGUCCAGCGCCUGUUUGAUGAGCACCUUGUGGAUAGCUACGAGCUGGUCAUCCCGGACAAUGUUGAUGGGCUCUGCUGCGGGUGUGCGUUCGAGUCCAAGGGUCUCUCGAGCGCGACCGACGCCGCCUCGGCUCGACUCGGCGAUGCACUUGCCGCCCUUGAUGUCGAUGCUGUGGUCGUCGACGCGUCGCCUUGUGUCGAGACGAUGCGGCGACUUGGUGCUGGUGGUGUUCCCGUUUAUGACGUCGUCGAGUACCUAGAUCUGGCAGCACGGUCGGGGCACUUUCCGGCGCUGUCCGAGCUCGCGCCGCAGCCGGCAGCCGAGCCAGUAGUGUUGCACAUUCCGUGCUCGGCGUCCAAGGUGGCCGGCCUUGAACGAGUGUACCAGUCUGUCGCUGCGCGGCUGUGGGGUGAGCGUGGAGUGGUGGGCUCGGACGUGGCAUGUUGCGGCAUGGCCGGUGAUCGUGGGCUCCGGUUCCCCGAGCUCCGCGCAUCUGCGCUGGCCAGUCUCACUGCUCGCGCCCCGGCCCGCGGGGUCAGCUGCUCGCGGACGUGUGAAGUGGGGCUAGAGGCCGAGACCGGCGCACCAUGGCAUCAUGUUGUCGUUGCGCUUGCCGAGCGGCUGUGCAAAUAGAGAUCAUCAAAGUCCAAUCACAGAUCGGCCUUCCGCCA